CUGAUGUAGCAAUGAAAACUGGCUGAAGUUGGUCGAGUCUGUUUCCUGUACCUCUUGGAGACUCAGCAUCUGGGCUGCGGCAAUAAUGAAGAGUUGGGCAUUUCUCCUCCUGUCAGUAGCAAUCUCCAAUCUAGCAUCUGGAUCUUUGUAUGGUCCUGCGGAUUCCUGCAAAGGACGAUGUAAUGAAAUAUAUAACAAGGAAGAUGAGUGCCACUGUGAUGAUAACUGUGAACAAAAUCAGAACUGCUGUGAAGAUUAUCUCAUCCACUGCAGAACAGGUACUACAGAUAACCAAGAAAAGGAAGGAUUCUCAUACACAGACAAUACUAUAACCGAUGAAGAACUACAAGAAGUAUCAGAGAAGAUUUAUCAUAGCGACCACAACAGAGCAGAGGAGUCUGACAUUGUCCUGAACAAGCAAUACUUCACUUCCAAAACAAAUGGGCAGGAAGAUAAAUCCCCAGAACAGCUCUUCAGCUAUGUCAACCAUGAGAAACUCUUCUCAAGGCCAACUUAUGCCAGUUUCAUCAAACUAUUGGAUAAUUAUAAUGCACAUGUUGGGAUGGUGGAGAAAUUCACGAAAGAACAGAUGAAGGAACAGGACAAUUUCCUCCAGGAGAUCAUGAACACUGAGGUCAUGAAAGAGCUAUAUACGUUUCUUUACAGAAAAAAUCGUUAUGACACAGAAGCAGAGUUUGUUGACGAUCUGAAAAAGAUGUGGUUUGGCCUUUAUUCCAGAGGCGAGGAUGAUGACUCCAGUGGCUUCGAACAUGUCUUUCUAGGAGAAAUCAAGAAAGAAAAAGUAUCUGGAUUCCACAACUGGAUUCGUUUCUACCUUCUGGAGAAACAGGGCAUCGUUAACUAUCAUAGCCACAGCUAUGAUGGUCUGUGGACCUCAUAUCCUGAUGUGUUGGGAAUGCAAUUCGAAUUCGAUGGAUUUUACAAACAGGUUGGAAGUGCUUUUAUUGGAAGCAGUCCUGAAUUUGAAUUUGGACUCUAUUCCCUGUGUUUCAUUGCUCGGCCUGGAAAAGUGUGUCCUCUGAAAAUUGGAGGCCACAAACUGAAUAUCCAAACGUAUACUUGGGAUAAAUCCACUUAUGGCAACGGCAAAAAGUAUAUUGCCACAGCUUAUGUGGCUACCCCAUGAGGUUGCAAGAUUAAAAAAAAGAAACCCUCCUGAAAGACCCAGAAACAAUCCACAGAACAGCCAAUGUUAAUUUCUCUUCAUGCCAUUUCACACCUGCUGUAUAUUGUAUGUGUUGUUUGAUCUUUUAAUGUUGUACUUCUGAUAGCCGGAAUCGGUCAUAGUGAAAAGAGAUUACAAAUCUUACAAGUCUUUAGCGGACUAUAAAUUCAGCUGGAAGGCAUAGAUGCCAAGUAACUUUUUUCUGGAGAUGACACACAUUUCGCUUAAUGUAAAAACAGAAUAGAAAGUGAAAUCAUGUUUGAUUUUUUAAGAAAAUGAACAACGGAGAGCAGGCAGGUUCUGAACAUUUCUAAAAUUACCUGCCAUUGUCUUUUUUCUUGAAAUAAACCUGCUUUCUAUUUAGGCACAAAAUAAUGAAGAAACUUUGCAAUAAAUUAAACGUGUGUGUGUGUGUGUGCACAAACACAUACACACAACACACACACACAUUUCAUUUAUUCACACUAUUUAGCAAGAGUAGCUACUCAGGAAACUAAUUAGAAAUGGGGACAAGAAGAGGAAGAGAAUCUAAAUCAGUAUUUAAUAUAACUAUAUGACAUAUCAAAACAGAAUCUUUAAGAAUGGUACUUAAUCUCCUAUUUCUGAUCUAUGAGUUGCUCUCUGAUUUCUUUUUUGGUAUAUUGUUUAAAAAAACCAAAACCAGUUCACAUGUACCUGCCAUGUCACAGAAACUGGCCAUUUAAUCGUCCAGGAAUUCUUUGAAUUCCUUCCCUUAUACUAGCCAGCCUCUAAGCAGCAAUAAAAUUGAGAAAACUAAGAAAUUGCACUAAAAGCUUAACGUUUGUGUUAAAAAUGUUGCUGAGCCAUGGGCCAAGUGACUAGUCUUUGACUAAACCCACCAUUUCCCAGGCCUUUGAUUGAUCAUACGGAGAAAAUGGUCUCCUACCUACCUCACAGGGCUGUUGUGAAGUUGUAAAAGGCUGAUGGCAAAAAUAUAUAUGUAAUAAGAUGCAAAAUAUUAUAUCUUAAUAAUAUAAUGCAUUUGUAUAAUUUGGUUAAUAAAUCUUUGUUUGAGCAACUUUUAUUUUUAAAACAGCAAUUAUGAUGUUUACAUUAUUCCCAGUAGUGAUAUUAUAUAUUUUUUUUUCCUGGGAGAUAUGCAUUAUCUUGCAGCUCUACAGUUUCUUCAGAUUUUCUUUCUGAAUCUGGAGGAGUUUAACUGUAGCAUUCAAUUGAAACUCGAUAAAAUGUCCAAUAAAUUCACAUUUGAUGUGGUGAAAA